AUUGUGAGGAGAGGGAGGAAGGGGGGUGUUAGGUUUUGGUGAUCCCCUUUUGCGAUUGCUUUAAGUUGUUUUUCCACGUUAUUGGCUUAUAUCUGUCUGGGGUUAUGGUAUGGUUGAAAAUCAUUUGGUGUUUUGGCGACGUGUCAGGUUUUUCCCCUUUACCAAAGUUUAAAUCGCCCCCUGAAUCUACACAUUGAUUUUUCGUUUCUUGUUCAUGUCGUUGAAUUUACUGCCAUACCACUCAUCUUAUCACCCACGCUACUCCACUUCCUCGCUUUGUUUACUGUUAUGUUUGCUUUGCGCCACGGUGAAGACAAAUACCUUUAGUCCUGGUUCAUAUCUACUCCUUUUUUCUCUGUACCUCUCUCUUCAUCUGUUGUUGUCACUGCUAUACUAUCAAAUCAUGGAUCAUGGACCAAAAGGAGGAUUUCAGAAUGAAAUGUUACCCUUGAGGUAUCUAUCCAAUGGCGGCGGUGGCCAGAUUUUGCUGUGUCCUCGCUCGCAAAUGUGUAUCCCACGCAUCCAGUGUGUCGCGGCGGUCAUCAGCUUUGCAUGCACGAAUACGAAGUUUAGAAGCAGGCUAGCUGUCUGUCCUCCGAGCAUAUUGGGCGUGGAUAUACCCCAAAAAACGCUUACGUUUACGUUUUUUUGUCAAAUUGGGUUUUAAAAGGUUUUUUUUUUUUUUGAAAGCGGCGGAGUUCUGCGUAUGCUCUUAGAUCUUAUCUUGCUAUGGUAGGUAGUUAUGGAAGGAGAAAAGGGGUCAAGGGGAGGAAAAACUAGGGCAUGGUGUUUAGGUUUAGAAGAAUGAUAAUUGAGUUUGUACUGCA